AUGUCCCCGUACAAGAAAAACGACCUCCCCUAUAUCCACCGCUACAUCACCACCCACAGUUCCGACGGCGAGGCAGUGUUUGUCUCCCAUGCUCAAAUCCCCGACUACAUGCCAUCACAGCCAGCCGGAGAAGAUGGGGAGAUCGCACUCCUAUACGCUACAACAAGUGUCCCCGCCAACAUCGAUGAUGAAGCUGAUAUCGCGAUGUAUGACGAGUUUCUCCACCAACCAACUGGGCUUACGACCGAGGAAGGAACUGCAUUCCGAAUGAUCGAUCUUCGACCUGGUAAAAUUACCCCGAUGCACCGUACAGUCAGCAUUGACUAUGGAGUUGUCGUGGAGGGUGAGGCCGACUUGAUACUUGACUCGGGGGCAAGUCGACAUCUUCGACGAGGCGACGUUAGUGUACAGCGCGGUACGGCACAUUCUUAUCGAAAUCGGAGCUCGUCAGAAUGGUGUCGAAUGCUAUUUGUAUUUUUGCCCAUGCAGAAGAUUACAAUUAAAGGGAAAGAAAUGGGUGAAGAGGUAUACAACGAGCAUUAUAAAAAGCCCGGGGAAGAUUGA